GAGCAGCCGAGAGGCCGGCGAAGCCGCGCUGGGGCCGCCCGGGCGCAGCUGACUGGGGAGCCGCGCCCGUCAGGCCUACUGGUCCGGCCCCGCCGGCGCCGAGGGGGACGUCCGCUGUGGAGGCGCGGAGGAUCGAGACGCAGCGGCCUGAGCGAGACCCAAUGGAAAGAGCACGAUAUUUGGAGUCAGAAGAUUUAGUUUCAAACCCCUGCUCCUUCACUUAUUAAUUUUGUGUUUGGGAAGUAUCUAUGCAAGAUGUCAGUGUUGCAGAGUUGGCUAGUGCAAGCCUUGUUUAUUUUCCUCAUCACUGGAUCUAUAGGUGAACUUAUAGAUCCAUGUGGUCAUAUCAGUCCUGAAUCUCCAGUUGUACAACUUGGUUCUAAUUUCACUGCAGUUUGUGUGCUAAAGGAAGACUGUAUGGAUUAUUAUCAUGUAAAUGCUAAUUUCAUUGUCUGGAAAAUAAGCCAUUUUACUAUUCCUAAGGAGCAAUAUACGAUCAUAAACAAAACAGCUGCCAGUGUCACCUUAACAGAUGUAGCUUCCUUAAAUACUCAACUGAUUUGCAACAUUCUUACAUUUGGACAGCUUGAGCAGAAUGUUUAUGGAAUCACACUAAUUUCAGGCUUGCCUCCAGAGAAACCUAAAAAUUUGAAUUGCAUUGUGAAUGAAGGAAGGAAAAUGAAGUGUUACUGGGAUCCUGGAAGGGAAACAUACCUGGAAACAAACUUCACUUUAAAAUCCGAAUGGGCAACAGAGAAAUUUGCUGAUUGUAAAACAAAACGUGACACCCCCACCUCAUGCACUGUUGAUUAUUCUCCUGUGUAUUUUGUCAACAUGGAAGUCUGGGUAGAAGCAGAGAAUGCCCUUGGGAAGGUUACAUCAGAUCAUAUCAAUUUUGAUCCUGUAGAUAAAGUAAAGCCCAAUGCACCACAUAAUUUAUCAGUGAGCAACUCAGAGGAACUGUCUAGUAUCUUAAAAUUGACAUGGAUCAACUCAAAUAUGAAGAAUGUUAUAAGACUGAAAUAUGACAUUCAAUAUAGGACCAAAGGUGCCUCAACUUGGAGCCAGAUUCCUCCUGAAGAUACAGCAUCUACCCGAUCUUCAUUCACUGUCCAGGAUCUUAAACCUUUUACAGAAUAUGUGUUUAGGAUUCGCUGCAUGAAGGAAGAUGGUAAGGGAUUCUGGAGUGACUGGAGUGAAGAAGCAAGUGGGAUCACAUAUGAAGAUAGACCAUCUAAAGCACCAAGCUUCUGGUAUAAAAUAGAUCCAUCCCAUACUCAUGGCUAUAGAUCUGUACAACUCAUGUGGAAGACAUUGCCUCCUUUUGAAGCCAAUGGAAAAAUCUUGGGUUAUGAAGUGACUCUUACAAGAUGGAAAUCACGUUUACAAAAUUACACAGUUAAUGACUCAAAACUGACAGUAAAUCUCACAAAUGAUCGUUACAUAGCAACCCUAACAGCAAGAAAUGCAGUUGGCAGAUCAGAUGCAUCUGUUUUAACUAUUCCUGCCUGUGACUUUCAAGCUGCUCACCCCGUAAUGGAUCUUAAAGCAUUCCCCAAAGAUAACAUGCUUUGGGUAGAGUGGACUACUCCAAGCAAAUCUCCAAACAAAUAUAUACUUGAGUGGUGUGUGUUAUCGGAUAAAUCUCCCUGUAUCCCAGACUGGCAACAAGAAGAUGGUACUGUGUAUCGCACCUAUAUAAGAGGAUACCUGGCAGAGAGCAAAUGCUAUUUGAUAACAGUUACUCCAGUAUAUGCUGAUGGACCAGGAAGCCCUGAAUCUGUAAAGGCAUAUCUUAAACAAGCUCCACCUUCCAAAGGACCUACUGUUCGGACAAAAAAAGUAGGGAAAAAUGAAGCUGUCUUAGAGUGGGACCAACUUCCUGUUGAUGUUCAGAAUGGAUUUAUCAGAAAUUAUACUAUAUUUUAUAGAACCAACAUUGGAAAUGAAACUGCUGUGAAUGUGGAUUCAUCCCACACAGAAUAUACACUGUCCUCUUUGACUAGUGACACAUUAUACAUGGUCCGAAUGGCAGCGUACACAGACGAAGGUGGGAAGGAUGGUCCAGAAUUCACUUUUACUACACCAAAGUUUGCUCAAGGAGAAAUCGAAGCAAUAGUUGUGCCUGUUUGCUUAGCAUUCCUGUUGACAACUCUUCUGGGAGUGUUGUUCUGUUUUAAUAAGCGAGACCUAAUUAAAAAACACAUCUGGCCUAAUGUUCCAGACCCUUCAAAGAGUCAUAUUGCCCAGUGGUCACCUCACACACCUCCAAGGCACAAUUUUAAUUCAAAAGAUCAAAUGUAUUCCGAUGGCAAUUUCACGGAUGUAAGUGUUGUGGAAAUAGAAGCAAAUGAUAAAAAGGCUUUUCCAGAAGAUCUGAAAACACUGGAACUAUUCAAAAAGGAAAAAGUUAGUACUGAAGGACACAGCAGUGGUAUUGGGGGGUCUUCAUGCAUGUCUUCUUCAAGGCCAAGCAUUUCUAGCAGUGAUGAAAAUGAGUCUGCACAAAAUACUUCGAGCACUGUCCAGUACUCUACUGUGGUACACAGUGGCUACAGACACCAGGUUCCAUCGGUCCAAGUCUUCUCAAGAUCUGAGUCCACCCAGCCCUUGUUAGAUUCAGAGGAGCGGCCAGAAGAUCUACAAUUAGUAGAUAAUGUAGACGGCAGUGAUGGCAUUUUGCCCAGGCAACAGUAUUUCAAACAAAACUGUAGUCAACAUGAAACCAGUCAAGAUAUUUCACAUUUUGAAAGGUCAAAUCAAGUUUCAUCAGUCAAUGAGGAAGAUUUCGUUAGACUUAAACAGCAGCAGAUUUCAGGUAUUUCACAGUCCUGUGGAUCUGGGCAAAUGAAAAUGUUUCAGGAAGUUUCUGCAGCAGAUGCUUUUGGUCCAGGUACUGAGGGACAAGGAGAGAGAUUCAAAACAGCUGGGAUGGAGGCUGUGCUCGAUGAAGGAAUGCCUAAAAGUUACUUACCACAGACUGUAAGACAAGGCGGCUACAUGCCUCAGUGAAAGACUGGUUUCUGUUACAGCUUCGGAAGUACCUAUGAAGUAAAGCUAAAAAUAUCUGUGAAUUCAGAUAAAAAAUAAUCUUCACUCUCUGAAGGUGAUCAUUUGCCCUUAAGGACAAAAAUGUACUGAACUCUCCGUGGGCUAUUUCCAUCCCAGAAUAUCUGGGAUUCUCCUUUAAGCACUACAUAAACUGACUUUAUCCUC